AGGAAGCGUGGGCUGGGUGUGUUAAAAGCAGAGCUUUCUCUUCCUGACAGCUUCUUACGGAACUGUGCUUCCCUAAUAACUGGUCCCGACGCAGCACAUGCCCUGCACAGCAGCAGGAAAAUAUCCUGCGAGUGGACUCGUACAGAGAAAAGUUCAAGGAAGAGUGAAGCCAGCCCUGAUUCGGUUAUUUACCAUCAAUCAGACUGUUGCUUGGCAGGGAGUGGAUGAUUAGGAGCCUGAACGGGCUGAAAAGGGGCAGGAAGAGAAGUGGAGGCAGCAUUCCUCCUAUUUAAAGCUGCAUCCCCUGAAAGGAGUGUUUGCAGACUGCGCUGGAGCUGGUGCUGAAGAAAGGGCUCGCAGACUUUGUGCUGGAACUGAUGCGGAGAGGCAGAAAGACUCCCCAGCUGGCUUCAUGGUGCUAAAAUAACCCUACGACUCUGCACUUUUUUUGCUGCCCAGGGAGGAUACAUGCCUAAUAUCCAGGCAUGAUGGCAAUCUGGGUACAAACGAGGACUUUUUUCAUCCUUGCUGCUCUAUUAGGCCGAUUUAUAACCAUAAAAGCGCAAGAAGAGGACGAGUAUGACGGUGGAGAAGACGUUGAAGAAAUAGCCUGCACUCAGAACGGGCAGAUGUACCUGAACAGGGACAUUUGGAAGCCCUCCCCGUGCCAAAUUUGCGUCUGUGACAACGGAGCAAUUCUCUGCGAUGAAAUCCAGUGCCAGGAUCUGCUGGAGUGCGAGAACCCGCAGGUGCCCCCCGGAGAGUGCUGUCCCGUGUGUCCCCACACCGCCCGUGACUUUGACCCCACCAUUGGUAGAGGAAGAAAGGGACAAAAAGGAGAACCUGGAAUAGUGCCACCUGUCUCGGGGAUACGAGGCCGCCCGGGACCAGCUGGACCUCCAGGCUCACAAGGUCCACGAGGAGAACGAGGACCAAAGGGAAGACCUGGUCCUCGUGGUCCUCAAGGGAUUGAUGGUGAACCUGGUAUCCCUGGCCAGCCUGGUGAUCCUGGUCCUCCAGGGCAUCCCACUCACCCAGGACCAGAUGGAAUCAGCAGGCCAUUUGCAGCUCAGAUGGCAGGACUGGAUGAGAAAUCUGGACUUGGGAGCCAGAUGGGACUGAUGCCUGGAGCAGUGGGUCCAGUGGGUCCAAGGGGUCCUCAGGGUCUCCAAGGAAAACAAGGUGGUGCUGGCCCCACAGGCCCACCUGGUGAACCUGGGGAUCCAGGACCUAUGGGACCAAUAGGUUCUCGAGGACCAGAGGGACCUCCAGGCAAACCUGGUGAAGAUGGUGAACCUGGUAGACCAGGACAAACUGGUGAGCCUGGAUUUCCAGGAUCUCCAGGGCCUCGAGGCUUUCCUGGUGCUCCUGGUCUCCCAGGUCUCAAGGGUCACCGGGGAUUAAAAGGACUUGACGGUCCCAAAGGUGAAAUUGGAGCAGCUGGAGCAAAGGGAGAGUCUGGACCAACUGGUGCCAUGGGACCAACGGGUCCUCUAGGGCCUCGAGGAAUGCCAGGGGAAAGAGGUCGAAUUGGACCACAGGGUGCCCCUGGCGGGCGUGGCCAGCAUGGGAUGCCUGGGAAGCCAGGGCCAAUGACAGAAAAGCAGGAAAAGAUUGAGGAAUCAUCUGGGAAGAGCGUUGUAGUGAGUGUUUAUAACCACGGUGUGCCGCCGUUCCGAGACUUUAUAACACGGUAA